UUGUUCUUUGACUUCUUUGUAAACUUGUCCUUUGACUUGGUAUUGCAGAACCAGUUCUUUCAAAAGCAGAGGGAGCUAAGCCCUGUAUCCGCAGAAGAAGAUGGGAAGCUGUUCGAUUCUGGUGGGCCUUCUGGUGGCUAGCAGCUUUUCCUUCAGUAAAGCGUGCCCUAAUGGACUUCAGGAGAACGUGGAUUUUUCCGGAUCAGACAUAACGUCUCUCUUUUCUCCUACCGUGGAGCACUGUCAGCAGCUGUGCACUCAGCACCCCGCCUGCCUCUUCUUCACCUUCAGCAGGCCCGACCGUGACAACAGUCCCUUUCACUGCAACCUCAAAUCCAGCUCCUCUGGGCAGCCAUCUUCCCAAAUUUCCCUUUUGGGCGUCACCUCUGGCUUUUCUCUCAAGUCCUGCAAUCCAGAUCCAAGGCCUUGUUUUUCGCAGGUCUUCCAGAACGUGGACUUUCUUGGAGCAGACUACAGAGCCUUGUUCACGCCUGACUACCAGGAGUGCCAGAGAGUCUGCACACAGGAUCCUGGGUGUCAGUUCUUUACUUUUAUAAAAAGGGAAUUCACAGACCAAAACUUCAGAUUCAAGUGCCACCUUAAGUUUAGCUGGAGUGUCCCAAGGACUCCUAUUGUGGAGAAAAAGGCUGGAGUCACAUCUGGAUUUGCCCAAAAAACCCAACAGACUCAAGAACUUGGCACACCAUGUGAGAACCAGUUUUUUGCAAACACCGACAUCCCGGGAAGCGACCUUGAGCAGGAGAAUUCUGUUUCCGUUGAACACUGUCAAGUCCUGUGUUCGGCUCAUCCAAAGUGCACCUACUUCUCCUACAGCAGCAAUGACUUCAAAUGCUAUUUGAAGAACAACCUCAACAACUUGACAGCUACACCAAAAGACGGAAUCACAUCAGGCAUACCGGCACACUUCUGUCAGCUUGAUGACACGUGGGUCAAGCAGAGCUAUGAAGGUGUGGAUUUCCGUGGCUCCGACAUUCGAUUCGAGGAGAUGGAUACGGCAGAGCAGUGUCAGUCGAAAUGUGAUGAGGACCCCAACUGCCUGUUCUACACCUACAUUGAUGAAAACUUCUCUGACCGUGCAUUCUGGCGUCGCUGCUAUCUGAAGAGGGUCAUCACCAUGCCAGCUCCUCCCAAAGUUUCCAAACUAGCCAAUGUUGUGUCUGGCUUCAGCCUGAGAAACUGCGAAAAAUCACUUGUUUAAAAAGACAGAAAGCUUUCAGAAAUAAACUUUUACUUUUAUUUUUAUUUGAUGGAAGCGUUCCAAAUACAUCUUUCCUGCCAGCUUACUUAAUAAGGAUGUUUGCGUGUUUCAAUAAGAUCAGUUGGAUACAAAUGUCUAAGUUUGAAUAGAUAGGAAAAUAAUAACUCAAAAAUUAGUCACACAGGUUGUUUUCACAUACUCUACCUGUGGGCUUACCGGAAAUAUCCAGUCAUUAUAAAUUGAGCCAAAACAACAAAUCAAGGGAAAGGACACCAUUGGCUGAAAUUUCCAAAUACACGCCAAUAGGUGUUACAUCCUAUAAAAGUGUUAUAAUCAUUAAAAUUGGGAGAUUUCAUACAUUUUGUAAGAUCUUGGAAGUUCUGUUGUAACAAUUGAAUUUGUUGAUGUGCUAAACGUUUUAGCACAUCAUUUAUUUAGAUCUGCUAAAUAAAUCUCCCGAGUCCUGUGA